GAUAAGAGAUCGCGCUACCGUCGACGGCGCUCUGAAAAGACCGCGAAGUAUGAAUUUUCGUGAUUUUACCUAUGUUGUGAUGAAAUUUCGAAAAUCCAUUGCAGGUUUUCAAAUUUGGAAAAAAAUCAGUUCGAGCCUUAUAUUUGAGCUACCUUCCUGAAAAAUUUCAGCUCAAUUGAUGCCAUAAUAAAGCCGGAAUCCUGCAGACGGCGAGGGCACCGUGGAGCGAAUACGGGAGUUAGGCACGGUUCAAGAUGAAAUUUUAAAAAACUAGGCUGUAAGUUGAAAUUUGGAAAAAAAUCAGUUUUAGCUAUUGAUUUGAGGAAUCUACUGUAAAAUUUUUAGCUCGAUCAAUGCUCAAAUAAACUCAGGAUCGUGAAAACGGUGAAUCCACCUAGUUUUGAGUCACCAUCGACCACUUCCGUUCCGAAGCAUAUUGUGAGAAAACUAAGCCAUAAAUUGAAAUUUGAAAAAAAAUCAUUUCUAGCUAUAGGUUUGAGAGACCUAUUGUCAAAAUUUCAGCUAAAUCAAUGCCCAAACAAACUCGGAAUCGUGAAAACGGCGAGUGCACCUCGGAUCGAUUCACUAUCAGUCGCCUCUGUUCAGAGGCGAAAUUCAAAGAAACUACGCCAUAAAUUGAAAAUUUGAGAAAAUAAUUUCUAGCUGUGGAUUUGACCGACCUACUAUCAAAUUUUCAGAUCAAUCAGUGCCGAAAUAAACACGGAAUCGUGAAAACGGCCGGUUUCUCUUCAAGUGACUGAGGGCUAUCUGUAGGGUGGGUCAAGGUUACAGGCCAGCUGGCGUCGUUGCGUCAGUUCAAUGAACCGUUACACUCGCCAUGUCGCGUCGCCAUUCAAAUCAAACUGCGUAGUAGUCUUAUCGCCUCCGGCACCUCGGGCUUGGGAUCGUUCGUCCUUCGUCCUUCAUUUUGUACGAAUACGCGUUAGAAAUUCGGCGUCGGUUUCCUUUUCAGUGUGUUAUCCAAGUGCCAUCUUGUUCUCUCAUUCACGAUCAAUUGCCAAGAGUGAGCCAGUUUCUUUUGUGGAAGUGAACUUUGUCAUUUUUAGUUUCAAAACCGUUCUACGAUGUCUGUUAUUUUCAAUUUCUCGUCUUCCCAAGCAUAUUUCCUCUCGAUUUCUGUCCAAAGGUGCCCUAACUACAUUGGCGUUGACUUUACUUAGUGUGUCGCCACCUCAGCCAUAACAGCAAAUACAACUAAGGAAACACUAGCUUUGAAAAUGCAGAGACUCAGCAAUAUCAAAGAAAACUCUUCAAAAUUUCACAGCACACACUCAUCAGCAGUUGCAAGGAAAUCUUGAAAAACACUGUGACAUGGCAUGGCUGCAAAAAUGUCAAU